AGAACGGGGUCGGGAAAAUGUCCAGGUUCACUUUCCAGGAUGCCUCUCUCUAUAUCUAUCCCUCCUCUCCUCCUUCUCCUCCUCCUCCAUCUCUCACUUCUCUCUUAUUGUCUGUAAAUCUCUCAACUCCCUUGAUCAGGGAAUCCCUCUUGUCUCACUAUAAACACUUCCAUUCGAUCCUACCUUCAACCACCACGGUGUAAGAGAUAGACAGAGAGAGAAAGAAGAAGAUAAACAGAAAGUUAGAGAGAGAAACAAAGAAAAGAGAGAUUGAGAAUCAAGAAAUGCAAGGAGGUAUAGAGAAUAUUAGGAAGAUGAGCUCAAGAAAAGGAGACAAGAAGGAGCCCUUCCAUGUUACCUACAAGGUUCCUUCUGGAGAUAGUCCUUAUGUUCGAGCCAAAUAUGCUCAGCUGGUACUGAAGGAUCCAGAAGCAGCGAUAGUAUUGUUCUGGAAGGCAAUAAAUGAAGGAGAUAGAGUAGAUAGUGCACUCAAGGACAUGGCUGUGGUGAUGAAGCAGCAGGACAGAGCUGAAGAAGCCAUUGAAGCCAUUAAAUCCUUUAGGUAUCGUUGCUCCAAACAGGCUCAGGAGUCGCUGGAUAAUGUCCUCAUCGACUUAUACAAGAAAUGUGGAAGAGUAGAUGAACAGAUUGAGCUGCUAAAGCAGAAGCUCAGAAUGAUAUACCAAGGGGAAGCCUUCAAUGGCAAACCCACCAAGACGGCUCGCUCUCAUGGGAGGAAGUUCCAGGUUUCCAUCAAGCAAGAGACUUCCAGGAUACUUGGUAAUCUGGGUUGGGCUUAUAUGCAACAAAAGAACUAUGUGGCAGCUGAGGUGGUAUAUCGAAAAGCUCAGUUGAUCGAGCCUGAUGCAAACAAGGCCUGCAACUUGGGUUUAUGCCUAAUCAAACAGGCAAGAUAUGAUGAAGCCCGGUCUGUUCUUGAAGAUGUCCUGCAAUGUAGGAUUACUGGUUCAGACGAUUCAAAGUCGAGAAAUCGUGCAGACGAACUGUUGAAUGAGCUGGAAUCGCUUCAAUCGGCAGAGUUUUUAUCGACUCGAUUGGCUCAGAACCUAGAAGAAAUUUUUACAGAAGGGCUCGACCAGAUUUUUGGUGACUGGACUCCUUUUAGAUCCAAGAGACUCCCCAUCUUUGAAGAACUCUCUCAAUUUAGGGAUCAGAUAGCUUGUUGAGUCUUGUGGUAGAUAGAUAGCUGAGGUGGGUUUACUCAACAAAGAAGGAAAAAAUUAUUGAGGUUAAGGGUACUUUGUAAAAAAUGGGAAAAUAAUGGGAGCAUAUGGAUGUAAUUCACUGGUUAGUGAUCAAUGUACCCUUAGUUCUUGUCGCAAGAACUUUAUAACAAUGAAGGUGUUUGUUAUAGAUUGAUCUCGGUAA